UCAAUGUAACAGUUAUUCCUGGGUAAAGCAACGAUACUGUAAACGGACUGCGACGUGGCUCUGUUUCUACCGACGCUAUUCUCUCUUAAAUUUCUUAUCGCUGCAACCAAAGAAGAUUGACGUAGCGACUGCAAUUAUGACUGUGAUCGCAAGCACUCUUUCCCUGCUGACAAACAUAUUUGUGAUGUUUGUUUCUUCUGAUGUUGCAAAUGGAGCGUGUCAACAUGCAUCACGCGACCACCAAAUGCAUCUACGAAACAUGAUUGCAUUCUAUGCUAGUCCGAUGGAAGACCACGCACUCAAAGAUACAAUCUACCAGGUGAGAAAAGCAAGCGCAGACGUGGUAUGUGCAAUUCACUGCCUGCAAGAUGAGUCCUGCAAGUCGUUCAACUACUGCAAUGACAAAGUUUGUCAGCUCAAAGCAGCCAACAACUCCAUAAAUGGAUCAGAUAUUCAGCUAUCAGCUGGGUGUCGUCACUACGGAGAUGAAGAACUACAAACUGAAGAAACGUCAUUUGAGGAGGCUACACUCUGUGCUGAAAAUAAGUACCGGUUUAUAGACAAAAUGGAGCUUCAGGUGCCGAUGACGUCACCAGUGCGACUAGAGUUCACAGUCAACACGGAUGAUCAUAUGCAAGUGUACUUUUCGCCCAAUAAACCUGGUGAAAUGAUCUACUUAGUUGAGUUGUACGCUGAUUCUGGGAAAUUCUGGAGAAUUGACGAUGGUGUGCGUAUAGAAGAAGAUUUGAAUAACGUGAAGUACAUCGGAGUACCAGUUAUCUUGACAUACGACAACGGGCGCUUCGAGGUGGCAGUCAAAGGGGUGCAAGAUUCAACCCUGACAUAUGACGUCACAUCUUCACCUCAGUCCAGCUGGUUUGUUAGUUUUCAGAGAUACGGUACUGAGGCUGAGAUCAUUUUCAAUGAGCCCUGUAUUAAUGAUUUUAAUCCACAGUUUAAAUAAAUGUGAAUAAAUACACUAUGGCAAAAACGUGUUUAUAGACCAUUGUAUAUUUACGUUUACUAUGCGCCCUCAGCGUUUCAUAAAUCAAAAUACUGCUAUUUUUCUUUAUCCGGCACCUUUUCAACAAGUUGAACUCAACCAAAAUAGCAUCACUGGUGCGUAUCGUUGAGGUUACAUAUCAAACUAAUUGAUACAUAUUUUACUUUAUUUAUUUAUUUACUUCUUUGGUUUUUUGAGAGGGACCGGGAGCUGAAUAACCAAAGAAAAGUUAUUAUGAAUUAGAGCAGUUCUUUCAUGAAGAUUAAAAACAUGCACAUAAUGGUUAUUUACACGUAAUCUGUGUUUUCAUGAUGGGUGACAGUUAACACACCGAAGGAAUGGCGUUGGACUUAUCUUAUUAAUUAAUAUACAUUAUUGACUUUCAGUAAACACUUUCAGUUUUUAAUGUUUCAACUAUUACGAAAAAAAAGUGUAUGACUAAUCGGUACUUUAAGAAUAUGAAUGGCAAAUUUACCUUCAAGUGUUCCCUUUUUCAUUCUCAAUAAAUAUUGUACAUAAUGGUAGGCCGAUAUUUUAGUCUAUUGUUGGGACAUCUUUUUUAAGGUUUAUAAAGAUGCCAACAAACAAUAAUUACAAACAUUAAAACCCUGUACAUCUUUUGAAGAAAAAAUCCAUCGCCGAUGACUUUUUGUGAAAAAACAACUAUAAACCCGGAAAUGUUCAUAACAUUGGGUCGUAUGAAUAAAAAAUAGUAUUUACUGACAAGUACUAGCAAAAAGUAAAAGCAUAAACUUCCAAGUAGAAGCAUUCAGUAAAAGCAUCUCCUGAAUUCCGUAUGAAUAAACCUAUUCUUUUACUGCAAAGUAUUCACUUAAUGCUUUGGAGUAAAUACUUCUGAUAUACCAUGGCUGAAUGGCUCUUAACAAAAGUUGACUUUGUAUUACAACUCCCAUUCACACACACAGCCAAAGCAGCAUUUGAUUUAAUAGAAACAUAGAAAUCUUCAAGUCAGCCAUGAGGUUUUUAUUCUGACAACAUUUUGAUGAAGACGACUCAUCUGGACACACAGAAUAAAAACGUUUUUGUUAUGCUUUUGAAACUUGGAGUGCAUGACAGCGCAAUAUAGAGAAGAUGAGAGCUGGAUAUGAGCAUAGCUAUUUAAAUUAAAGUCACCUGGAAAUAUAAUUUGUUUCUUUCUUUCAAACAU